AUGUCGGACGAAUACCUGUCUCUUCAACAUAUCCCCUCUUUCCCUCCCUCGUCCGGCACUACCAAGAGAUCAUCCAUGUCCUUCUCAGCCCUCCUGCAAGGAUGUCAAGAUAACGAGCUCGAUGUUCGUCUUUUCGAGAAGAACACUAUCUCUGGCUUGGACCCCACUUCCGGCUUCUCCUCCAUCUCCGUCCAGUCCGCAGGUCUAUCCGGGGAAGCUGUGCCAUGGAACCAGUAUAACAGAGAGACCUGGGGGGAUGAUGCCGCGAUGGCGGCUCUGGUACCCGGCAUGUUCCGGCACGCAGCAGGAGGGUGGAAAAGGCUCGACGCCGACCCACAUCUAUCUGAAUGGAUAGCUGUCUCCGUCGAUCCAAUUUGGGCUCUCUUUUGUGCAGCUUGGAGGCUUGGACUUGGGCACCAACAGCAAGUGUUCAUGUCGAUCAUCAGGAUGCCCGGCGACCAUGAUCCUGAGAACCCUUUGAUAGUGGUCAAUCCGCUUCAGGAAGCAAAGAAAGCAGGGCUCGAUACCACAAGAGCUGAACUUUUCUCACUGGAUCCGAACAAACUUAGACUUGCCAAGAAUUGUCUUGCAAAGUUUGGCACCGAGCUGGUCUACAGGCGUAUUCCCAUAGAAUACAUUGUAGAGACAGUGGAGCUUACGCACAAUUCAAUUCCAUGGGACGACAUUCCCCUCGGCUGGUUUCGAGGUGGGGCCGACCCGUCUUCCCAAUCUCACUAUGGCUGGCUUUAUUGUCUGUCUUUCGACCCUUUCUCCAAAGAUACCCACUACGGUGAUGCGCAGAUCGCCAUUUUGGAUGAAAAGCGUUCGAUUGAGAAGGCGAAAGAGGAGGAGGAAUCACAGUGGGACAGCCAGAGGGAGUUCCAGGAGGUUGACACUGAGUCUUCUACAGGAGACGAAGACGGUGUGGAUCUUGGGGAGCAUGAAGAUGCAUUCCAGGAAGUAGGCCUUGACGGAGUCGUUGAGGAGGAAGAGGAUGACGAAGGAGAGGGGGAAGCUUCAGAAGCGCUCGUAAAGACAGAAGACGGGAAGCCACAUGUCGCCGUGAAGCACGAGCAUCCAGAAGAAGAAGAUGAGGAUGGGGAGUCUAAGGGCGUAAAGAGGGAGAAAUUUUUGAAUUACUGA